CUUAAAAAAAAAAAGGAAAAAAAAAGUUUGAGAGAGGAUUGCAGAAUGGUGUAUAAAUAGCCUCGAUAAAACGUCAAACCUUUUCCGCCUUCUCGCUGCCGCCUCCAGUUCCUUCCGUUCCGACUCGGCUGUGUUCCAAUUAGAUCCGACCAAGAAUCACUCACUGAUGUUUUUCGUCCACUCCAUUUGAUCUCUGCUAUCAAUCGUCUGUCCUCGUAUUGACCUGAGCGACGAUCGCGCGCUGCCAUGGGAGAUUACAAUGAUGCCUUCAUGCGGAACCAAAACGCCGCCGUCCAGGCUCGCACCAAGGCCCAGAAUCGCGCCAACGUCCUCCAACUCAAGCUGAUUGGGCAGAGCCAUCCUACUGGUCUUACGGCCAAUCUUCUGAAGCUGUUUGAGCCUCGACCGCCUCUGGAGUACAAACCUCCCCCGGAGAAAAGAAAAUGUCCACCCUUAACAGGGAUGGCCCAGUUUGUUAGUAACUUUGCGGAACCCGAUGAUCCGGAAUAUGCUCCCCCUGUUCAAAAGGGUGAAACUCCUGCACAAAGGAGGGCUAGAAUUCACUUGCUAAGAAUUGAAAAGGGUGCAGAGAAAGCUGCUGAGGAGCUGCCAAAAUACCUUGAACGUGAUGAUCCAAAUGUUACAGGAGAUCCGUACAAAACACUCUUUGUGGCUAGACUGAAUUAUGAGACAACUGAGAGCAGAAUCAAAAGAGAGUUUGAGUCUUAUGGGCCAAUCAAGCGGGUACGAUUGAUUACAGACAAAGUGACGGGUAAACCUAAAGGAUAUGCUUUCAUUGAGUACAUGCACAAAAGAGAUAUGAAAGCUGCAUAUAAGCAAGCUGAUGGAAGAAAGAUUGAUGGUAGAAGGGUACUUGUGGAUGUCGAGCGAGGUAGAACAGUACCGAAUUGGCGUCCUCGCCGGCUGGGUGGUGGUCUUGGAACUACCAGAGUGGGAGGUGAAGAAAAUAACCAGAGGCACUCUGGAAGGGAGCAACAGCAGUCUGGAGCACCAUCUCGAUCAGAGGAGCCUAGGGGGCGCGAGGAUCGUCAUGGAGAAAGAGAUAGGGAAAAGUCUCAUGAGAAGGGAAGAGACAGAGAAAGAGAGAGAGAGAAGUCACGUGAACGUUCUCAUGAGAGAUCUAAGGAUCGUGACCUCAGAGAAGACAGGCAUCACAGAGAUCGUGAUAGGACUAGGGAUAGGGACAGGGAUAGAGAAAGGGAAAGAGAGAGAGACCGUGGCUAUGACCGUGAUAAAACUCGUGAUCGUGAUCGAGGAAGGGAUCGUGGUCGUGAUUAUGAGCGUGAUCGAGAUCGGGAUCGGGAUCGUCAUCGGGACAGAGAUAGGGAGAGGGAUCGGAAUCACGAAGAUGGAUAUCCAGAACCUGAUCGUGGUCGCUCUCAUGAUAGGGAAUCUGAUUAUGACCGAGUUGAAUCAAAAUAUGAAAAGGAUAGACAUGGUGAUCGGGACAGAGAGAUUGAUCGUACUGAAACUGAGGAUGGUCGUGGGUGGUAUGACCAGUCUGAGCAUGGGCACAGACACCCAGAUCCUGACCAUGAUCCCCAAUACUAUGAUCACUUUGAACAUAAUAGAGGCCGAGGGCAAUAUGACGAUAACCCAGAAGGCCAUCAUGACCAAGACCGUUAUGAUCAGUAUGAUAGAAUGGAGGAUGAUUAUCAUUAUGAGCGUGGCACUUCUGAAUCACAUGAUAAAGAGAGGUCUCGUGAUAUGAAUCAUGAAUAUAGGCGCAGUGAAAGAUCCCAUUCGAGAGAGUAUUAGUUUCUCAUGCUGCAGUGUGUUUUGCUGGUUAAGAUCAUAUCAAAUUGCGUUAAAAUUGUCAUGUAGCAGCUGCGACCAGUGCUGGAAUUGUCUUCUUUCUGUUGUUAAUCGACAUCGAAGUUGCUCAAACAUCGUUUCAUAUAGCUUGAUGCUAACUGUUGCAGAUUUUUGCGCUGUUUAUUUAUGUGCUAAAACUUCUAGACAUACUGUGUAUUUAGUUUGUAUGACCAUGAUUUUUAAGCUCCUAGAGUGUUAUAAGUCAUUUUGAAUGCUUGAUUUUAUUGAACAUCAUUUUGUUGGCAUCAAGGUCGUCAAAUGCUGUGGAGUGGUGUACGUUUGCUAUGGAAACUGCUCAAAGUUCAAUCAAACUUAGAUUUGUCAAAA